GUGUGUGUGUGUGUUCUGGGUUACACUGUGCCUGCCUGCUGCAGAGUGAAUGAAGAUGGCGAUGAGAGCAGCGCUGCGGUGCCUCUCGGUAAACUUUUCUCCCAGGCUGCCGCAACUCUCGUCCGCAGCGCAAGUUUCAGCGACUCGGCUGCUGUGCAGGAGCGGCGCCCCGCGGACUCUGAGCACGACCUCGGGCCAGUGCACAGCCCUCAAGUUCACUGAGAAGCAUGAGUGGGUGCUGGUGGAGAGUGGAAUCGGCACUGUGGGAAUCAGUAACUAUGCUCAGGAAGCUUUAGGUGAUGUGGUUUACUGUGGACUGCCUGAGGUUGGCCAAAAACUUGAACAGCUGGAUGAGUGUGGUGCCUUGGAAAGUGUAAAGGCUGCCAGUGAGCUGUACUCACCAUUGACAGGGGAAGUGACAGCAAUCAACACGGAGCUGGCCGAAAAUCCAGGACUCGUGAAUAAAUCCUGCUACGCAGACGGAUGGCUAAUCAAGAUGACCAUUGAAAGGCCUGAAGAACUCGAUAGGCUCAUGGACCAACCUGCUUAUGAUAAAUUUAUUAAGUCGCUGGAAGAAUAAGACAACAAAUUUAUUGUGAUUAUUUGUUAUGUAGCUGUAGUCAAAUAUUAGCAGACUGGGUUACUAACAUUGGCAGUGAUCUGCAACAUUCUUUGCAAUAUUUAUGUUAUGAACACUUUAUAGUGUGCUGCAAAAUUUUAAAUGCCCAGUAACAUUUUUCAUGUAGAAAGUGGGGAUUUUUUUUAAUUCACCAGUGAAUCUAAAGGGCUUUUAUGCUAAGGUUUGUCAGUAUUAUUGGAUCUUCUUCCUAGUACUUUGCUCUGUUUUUAAGUAGUGCAUAGUUGUAUUGAAACGCUGGGAAAUUCAGUUUUUAAUUCAUUUAUUAAAACACUGAAAAGUCUUUAAGUUUGAUUUAAUCUGCCUGAAAUCUGUUUCAUUAUAUGUUUUAAGAAGGCACAGUAUAUCUUUAUGAUAUGUCGCACAUGCUCACAUCCUGUCGCAGCUGUACAGAUGGUGACAGGUCAUACCGUCUGCUUGUCCUAAUUUUAGUGCCACACACCUUGACCUUUCCCCUUGGUUGAAGAUAGGCUGAGAUUGCUGAAGCUAGUUGAUCAAUAAUUAAUCCAACUGGGAUUUUAAACCCAUUGACAAAAGCUGCAGUUAGUGCUUUAAGUUAAUGAUUUUAAUUACUGUCUUCACAAAAAACAGUUCAAAUAUUUCAAAUUACAGAUGUUAUGCUAAAAACAAACUUUAUACUUCCAUAGUUUUAGUCUAUUCACAUUCUGUCAACUAGAUUGCUUUGUGUUUGUUAAAACAACCUGUAUGUAAAAUCCUGUUAUAAAUAAAGAGCACAUUUAUAACAGUUA